AUGGUCCGUGGUUCGAACCCGACCUCUGGCUCCCAACUUCUCAUGUAUAUGUUUGGGCGACCUGGCAGUAUCUCAGCCCUCGUGGGAAGUGACAUGGCAGUUAGGCACCUGAAAAGUGCUACAACUGAACGAUUUUUGGGGCGAGAUGGCCGAAGUGCAGAUGAGGUUGUUGGAACGUAUUUAACUAGGAAAAGUGAUGAUGCCUUGGAGAGCAGUGAAAACAAACAAAUGAAUGAAGACAAACCCUUUCAAUUUGCUGAACGUGGUUUUGUGGAAGGAGGAAUUUCAUGCGAAAGUGUGGCAGAUAAAGCGGUGUACAAACACGCUAUCGUUAGUGGAAAUCUGAGCUUCCUAGGUGAUGCUGUCCCAACUUGCAUAUCCAUCAAUCUAAAGCUGUCACCUUGUCGUGGUGGUGGCCGAGCUUCACUGCUGACUGGAACUCAGUUCCCCAAGGUUCAACCAUACCAGGAAGGUCAACGCCAAUUCGAAUACAAACGUGCUACUUGUUACGCUGAUCUGAAAUCUGGAUUUCUAAAUAACAAUGGAGGGAAAAAAUCCUUCAGCUGUAGCACCCUUUCGGUGCCUAGCUGCCAUGCCACCCGAGGGAAGCACGAGGGCUGGGAUACUGCCAGGUUGCCCAAGCCUAGACAGGGGGAGUCGAGGGGCAGAGGUCAGGUUCGAACCACGGACCUUCCGGUCACGCCAAACGCAGCAGCUGUGAUGUUCGUUCGGCGCACAGCUGGCCCAAAGAAAGCAAGACAAAAAAGUGAGAUGGUUGAGUGGUUACAGCGCAAAUUUACUGACCGGGGCGUCUGUAGUUGGAACCCGACCCCUGCAUCUCAAUUUUUCCUGUUUAGGUUUGCGCACACAGGUAGUACCCCAGCCCUGGUGCCUCCUUCGGGUGGCAUAGCAGUUAGGCACCGAAAGAAUCGAAACGACGGUCGGGGGUUUCUUAACAGAUCUUCAGCAAGUUCAGCUGUAGCACCUUUUCGGUGCCUAGCUGCCAUGCCACCUGAAGGAAGCACGAGGGUCGAGAUACUGUCAGGUUGCCCAAGCCUGCGCAGGAGGAUUCAAGAUGCAGAAGUCGAGUUGGAACCACGCACCUCUCGGUUAGAGUUCGUGUCUUAA